AUGGCUGCGAUGGAUGUCGAACAUAUGCCGGUGACUUCACCGCGGCUUUUGACGUCAGAUCCUUCCAUAAGACUGCGUAAGCCAUUGGAAAAUGAAGUCAAAGAACUAGUGGGUGAUGCUAAUGAUGGGAUUCGGGACUACUACUGCACCAAAAUCGACGAGCUUCAGUUUAUUGUCAACGAGAAAACUCAAGACCUACGAAGAUUAGGUGCUCAGAGGAAUGAACUUAAUGCGAAGGUGCGUCUCCUUCGCGAGGAACUUCAGUUACUCCAGGAACAGGGUUCUUACGUUGGGGAGAUUAUCAAACCCAUGGACAAGAAGAAGGUCCUGGUCAAGGUCCAGCCUGAAGGCAAAUUCGUUGUUGACAUUGACAAGAACAUUGAUAUUGCAUCGGUUACACCCAACUGUCGUGUAGCUCUUAGGAACGACAGUUACACUCUUCACAAAAUCCUCCCUAGCAAAGUUGACCCUUUGGUCUCCCUUAUGAUGGUUGAAAAGGUGCCAGAUUCUACUUACGAAAUGAUUGGUGGAUUAGACAAGCAAAUAAAGGAAAUUAAGGAAGUUAUUGAACUCCCAGUCAAGCACCCGGAACUUUUUGAAGCCCUUGGGAUUGCCCAACCAAAGGGGGUCUUGUUGUAUGGCCCUCCUGGAACUGGCAAAACCCUACUUGCUCGCGCCGUUGCCCAUCACACCGAAUGCACGUUUAUUCGUGUAAGCGGAUCUGAACUUGUCCAGAAGUUUAUUGGAGAGGGUGCAAGAAUGGUUCGCGAGUUGUUCGUGAUGGCCAGAGAACACGCCCCAUCUAUUAUAUUUAUGGAUGAAGUUGAUUCAAUUGGCUCGACACGUCUUGAAAGUGGCUCAGGCGGUGACAGUGAGGUGCAGCGAACUAUGCUUGAACUGCUCAACCAACUGGACGGCUUCGAACCAAAACAAAAUAUCAAGGUUGUUAUGGCCACUAAUCGCAUAGACAUCCUCGACUCCGCCCUUCUGAGACCCGGACGGAUCGACCGGAAGAUUGAGUUCCCCGCUCCCAACGAAGAAGCUCGCUUGGACAUUCUAAGAAUCCACUCCCGUAAAAUGAACUUGACCCGUGGCAUCGAUUUAAGAAAGAUCGCCGAGUUAAUGCCAGGGGCUAGUGGCGCCGAGGUGAAGGGUGUAUGCACAGAGGCUGGCAUGUAUGCUCUGCGAGAGCGCCGUGUACAUGUCACCUUGGAGGACUUCGAAAUGGCAGUCGCAAAAGUCAUGCAAAAGGAUUCGGAUAAAAACGUUUCAAUCAAGAAACUGUGGAAAUAG